UAAUCACCUCCACCGUAUGGAACCAGGCAAUGGUACACAAAUUUCAGAAUUUCUUCUCCUGGGACUAUCAGAGGAACCAGAACUGCAGCCCAUCCUAUUUGGGUUGUUCCUCUGCAUGUACCUUAUCACUAUGUUGGGAAACCUGCUCAUCAUCCUGGCUGUCAGCUCAGACACCCAUCUGCACAAGCCCAUGUACUUCUUCCUCUCCAACCUGUCCUUGGUAGACAUCUGCUUCACCUCCACCACCAUCCCAAAGAUGCUGCUGAACAUCCAGACACAGAGCAAAGCCAUCACCUAUCCAGGCUGCAUCACUCAGAUGUAUUUUUUCCUCCUCUUUGCAGUAUUGGACAUACUUCUCCUGACUGUGAUGGCCUAUGACAGGUAUGUGGCCAUCUAUCACCCCCUGCACUAUACAGUCAUCAUGAACCCCCAGCUCUGUGGACUGCUGGUCCUGGUGUCCUGGGUCACAAGUUCCCUGUAUGCCUUGUUGCAAACCUCAAUGGUAUUACAACUAUCCUUCUGUACAGACUUGGAAAUUCCUCACUUUUUCUGUGAAUUCAAUCACAUGGUCCAACUCGCCUGCUCUGACACCUUUCUUGAAAACAUCAUGAUGUAUUUUGGAGUUGGGAUGCUGGGUGGUGGUCCCUUGGCUGGGAUCCUUUACUCUUACUCUAAGAUAGUGUCCUCCAUACGAGCAAUCCCAUCAGCUCAGGGGAAGUAUAAAGCAUUUUCCACCUGUGCAUCUCACCUCUCAGUUGUCUCCUUAUUUUAUGGUACCAGCCUAGGCGUGUAUCUCAGCUCUACUGGCUGCCACCACUCCCAGUCAAGUGUAACAGCCUCAGUGAUGUACACUGUGGUCACACCAAUGCUGAACCCCUUCAUCUACAGCCUCAGGAACAGAGACAUAAAGAGGGCUCUGAGAUUAGUUGGGAUGGUAGCUAUGAAAGGACCAAUUGUCCUUGGGCUAAGGAAGUGCCUGUGAUUGCAGGGCUCAAAGCCUCGGAGCCAGAUGUUGUGACUCUUCAAUCAGGUUGUGGUUUUAAAAGUUGCUGCUUUUUUUUAUUUGCUGGAAUUCCCAUUUGUUUGUUUCAACUUCUCCAUGCAGUUUAACCGGCCACUUAAUCAAGCUUUCUGCUCUGUCAUACUGACAGUUGCUCCCUGAGUUUUGUUUCUACCUUUACAGUUUUGCAAACUUAAUCAGAAAUACCUAAAAUCCCAGUUUAUUUCAUGGGCAACAGGGGACUAAGAAAAACUUCUUCUCCAAUGAUGUACA